AUGGGGGGAAGAGCCAACAAGGACAACUGGGAUACCAUGGAGGUGCUGGACAGGAGAGCCAACAAGGUCACCAUGGAGGUGAUGGCCAGCAGAGCCAAUCAGGGAACCAUAGAGAUGCUGGCCAGCAGAGCCAACUAGGUCACCAUGAAGAUGCUGGUCAGUGCCAAUCAGGACACCAUGGAGGUGCUGGACAGCAGAGCCAGCAAGGUCACCAUGGGGGUGCAGGCCAACAGACCCAACAAGGUCACCAUGGAAGUGCUGGUCAGAGCCAAUCAGGACACCAUGGGGGUGCUGGCCAACAGAGUCACCAUGGAGGACCUGGCCAACAGAGUCAACAGGGUCACCAUGGAUGUGCUGUCCAACAGAGCCAGCAUGGUCACCAUGGAGGUGCUGGCCAACUGAGCCAACAAGGUCACCAUGGAGGAGCUGGCCAACAGAGUCAUCAAGUUCACCAUGGAGGUACUGGCCAACAUAGCCAACAAGGUCAUGAUGGUGGUGCUGAAACGCAAAGCCAACAAAGUCACCAUGGAGGUGCUGGCCAACAGAGCCAUCAAGGUCACCAUGGAGGUGCUGGCCAACAGAGUCAUCAAGGUCACCAUGGAGGUAAUGGCCAAAAAGGUCAUGAUGGUGGUGCUGUAAAGCAAAGCCAACAGAGUCACCAUGGUAGUGCUGGCCAACAGAGUCAAUCAGGACACCAUGGAGGUGCUGGCCAACAGAGCCAACAAGGUAACCAAGGAGGUGCUGCUCAGCAGAGCCAACAAGGUCACCAAGGAGGUGUUAGCCAACAGAGUCAUCAAGGUCACCAUGGAGAUGCUGGCCAACAGAGCCAACAAGGUCAUGAUGGUGGUUCUGGAAAGCAAAGCCAACAGAGUCACUAUGGAGAUGCUGGCCAGCAGAGCCAAUCAGGACACCAUGGAGGUGCUGGCCAACAGAGCCAACAAGGUCACCAUGGAGGAGAUGGCCAACAAGGACAACAAGGACAGCAUGAAAGUUAUGGUCACCAGAGCUUAA